UCUUUCACUUUGCAUAUUCUAAAUCUUGCAGACGGUCGUGUUUCCAUUUUGAGGUUAAUUCAGCUAUCCGAAAUUACAAUCUUUGUUUUAUUAUCACUAACAGGAUAAAAUAUGGAGUCUUUAAAACUAUUUAUCGUCUUUCUUCUUGUAAUGCCGUCUGUUCUAGCACAGACAACUGAAAUGACAACUGAACUCGAUCAAACGUCCGGUAUGCAAACGCAAGAUACCCCGACUGGAGCGCCCACUACUUCAGGAAAUAUAGAAACCUCAGCAGCCCCUCUUACUGCGGAAAAAGAAGCCACCAAUGCUCCAGUAACAACAGAGGCCUCCGAGGCUCCAGGAGAGACAGAGGCCUCCAGGGCUCCAGUCAAGACAGAGGCCUCCGAGGCUCCAGGAGAAACAGAUGCCACCAAUGUUCCAGGAGAAACAGAUGCCACUGAGGCUUCAGGUGAAACAGAUGCCACCAAUGUUCCAGGAGAAACAGAUGCCACUGAGGCUUCAGGAAAAACAGAAGAAAAUACGGAAGGUCCCAUUUUAAAGGGAACAACGGAAGCUACCGAACCAGAAGAAGCUAUUCUCACGGUGACGACAACACUAAAUUACCCGGAUGAUAAGAUUGUUGCCAUAGGGGGAGGAGCUUUUGUAACGAUCACGGCAUCUGUGGAGAUCGUCAACGGUUCGGUAGUCGAGUUAAUUGAUGACAUGAAGGUGAUCGUCUACGCUGCCGACAGCGAGAUGGAAGAAGUGUCAGCUGGAAUUGAGCUUGACGUUGGAUCGUUUAAUCUGACGGUGGGUGAGGCGGUAUCGUUCGAUAGGUUGAAUGCUACACUCAACCUCGCAGAGGUCCUUUGUACGACCUUCACACACGUAUGCGUCCGAGUAGAACCCGAGACAAACGCUCUAUGGAAGAUUGCCGCUGCGGGCAGCACAGACAAAAGCUGUGAAGAAAUCGAAUGCGACGAUUCUGGAUCCUCGAGGCUGGUUGUGUCUGGGCUGCUGAUGGCGCUGUGCCUUUUUAUUUCUAGAUUGACCGGUGAUCGCUGGGACUGAAUCCUAAACUGUGUGACAUCUCCCCAUAACGCAUUAAAUAAUGAUUUCACACUUGUUCGUGACAGGUAAAAUAGCCUUUAAAUUAUCAUUCAGCACUUUCAAUCCAUUUGGAAUUCAUCGUUUGCUCUUUGUAUAAAUAUUUCAUUGUGUGACUAUAAGAUGAGUAUUAAACAGUGUUCUUUAACCGCCAUUCUUUCUUAAACAAGUAAAAAGACAAAAUCAACGAGAUCGACCUAGCCUACAUAGAAGGAUGGGAACUAAAAAAAAACUUUAACAACCACUUCAUUAAUAGUAAUAUAUAACGAUAGUUUUGAACUUGAUGACAAAUGAAGAGUUAUCAAACGAAUUAUAAUUGGUUAUCCUCUCGUUAACGUUUUGUAACCCUCACACGAUCGCAAAAACUUUGGUAAAUCAACCUCGGGCAUUUUCAAAAGCUUUGUUCACAUCCCAUUAAAAUGAGUGAACAUAACAAUGAUGUAUUAUGUAAUGUGAACAUGAUUGCUAUAGGGUAUACAAUAUGAUAUUGAAAUCGCUCCUGACUUUUUGUUUAAGCCUUUGCGAUCUUGUUGUUGUUGUUUAUGUGUGUGUGUUUUUUUUAAUAGCAAACAAAUAUAACGAAUAACUUCAGCAUAGCUUUAUUGUUAAAAAAUGAGCCUUGAAAGUGAAAACAAGUGAACUGUAGAGCGUGUGAAUUUAGAAGGUGUCAGUUUGGUGGUAAUUGCCCGAAUACAGAAUGGUAAAAAUUGUAUCAAUUAGAACGUUUAUAAUUUUUGUUUGUUCUGAAAUACAUUUGUAAAUAUCAAGAUGUAUUUCAACUCCGAAAUUUGUAUAUAUUUGAAAGCAAUAUCCGUCCUAAAUAUAGGUCUAAGACAACUAUAUAUAUUUAUCAGUGAAUAAUGUAUCAGCUGAAUUUUAUGGAAUGUUAUACGCGUGCAUUCUGUUUUUGUUUGCUUGUUUUGUUUUACCUGACUGCUAAGAAGCAUUGGGGUUGCUUGUAAGUCAGCAACUAACGUAAUGUCCUUGAAUGUUGUAGUGUUAUAACUACUUUGUAGUAUUAUCAUCACCUUGAGGUAUAAUCAUUUUGUUUAUUGUAAAAUAUUACAUUAAAUUUAGCAGUUUACCUGAAACAUGCAAAAUAUUAAAUUGCUCCGGAAUGAUAUUUCACGAAUUCUAGCAAAAUGUUUAAGAGUUAUUUUUCUCGAAAAUUGGACUUUAUUUCUUAGAACGUUGAUUUUGAGGUACAAAGGCAUUAAAGUCUAUGUAACAUUAAAGCGAGUCUUUACUAUGCUGGCUUUUAAUGCAGACGCUAUGGUAUUUAAGGUGGUUUAGGUGAGGUUCGUUAGUUUAUAACUAACCAUCUGAUCUUAAAACUAAGAAUAUUCUAUUUGCUUCCGCAAAGCUCCCCCCCCCCCCCACACACACACACAUUAUGACGAUCUUUCUACUCCAAGUCUUUCAAGCGAAUCAAGAAAGCAUUUUUUGCGUUGACCUGUCUAUUUCUGUAAUAACAUGUACAUUUCAAGUACAUUUAUGUAAAUAUAUAUUCCGUUAAUAAACACUUUGUUUCAAAUAAGUUAAAGGCCUUUCUAUCUAUAAAUCUAGCAUUUUUUUUUUCUUUUUCAUACGAUGAUUAAACCCAUUUACAAUGGUUGUGAAUAGCGUGUAAGUCGACUCCUAUAGCAAUGAUCAUUUGAAGUUUAGCUAAAUAUGCAUGGUGAGAAGAAUUUACCUGCUACUUGGCGUUUCUGAUAAUGUGAGCUCGAGAAUAUUUGGAAAGGGUUAGAUUGUUAAAAUGAGGCUAAAAUCAAACACGGACGCAAAGAUGACGGGAUUAAAUAGUCACUCUAAUCGUUAAUAUUUUCCAUUUGAUAAUUUUAUGCAAAUAAUGCCAUUUUUAGAGAUGAUCUUUUUUAUACAUUAUAAUGAACGAUGAGUAUUCGAAUCAUAAUUCUUGUUCGUGUAAACAAUGUAUUGGAAUGUCACUAAAUAACAAUUAUUAAAUUC